AUGACUAGCGAAUCUGUGCUGCUGGUUGUUUGUUCAUCAAUGCCGCCAGCCCCGCCCGUCCUCCUCCUCCUGUCGACACUGAGAACCGCUCCUCCCCCUUGGACGCUAUCCUGUCGCUCAGCCGCGCCUUCUCUUCGCCCCCUCCCCCUCCCCGUCCCGGCUGGUCCGCCAACCGUCAUAGCGCCACCCGUCAUCACCUCACCAGUCCCCCGCCCGCACUCCCUCCAGCCCCGCCCGCCAACCAUCACUGCGUCAUCUCGCCUGAAAAUCCGCUGUGCUGCCGCCGCCGCCCCAGCCGCUUACACCCGCAGCCGUGCGCUUCGCCCCACCAACUCGCCCCGUUUUCCCGGCCCCUCACACCGCUAA